GGCGCAAACUUUUCUGCCCACGGUAGCUGCGCGGUAAAAGGACGACGAUGACCGUGAACCGUCUGUCUUACGUGUCUGUGAAAACAGGAUCGUGAGAUGCUGAUUACAAGUUUAGUUUAUGCCCUACCCUGAAUACCGUGCUUGUAAACAAGGACAGAAGACGGGAACUUGAGACAGAAUGCGGGCGCUGUUCACGGUGCUGAAGCCUCUCCUUUUCCUUCUGCUUUUUACCUAUUACCCUUCCGCGGGCAUAAGGCUGAGAGAGGGCUGGCAGGUGUACAGUUCUGCCCAGGAUGCAGAUGGUCGCUGUGUGUGCACAGUGGUGGCACCUCAGCAGAACCUAUGCUCCAGAGAUGCCAAGAGCAGGCAGCUCCGUCAACUCUGGGAAAAGAUUCAGAACAUGUCACAAUCAAUAGAGGUUCUAAAUCUGCGUACUCAGAGGGACUUCCAGUACAUCAUGAAAAUGGAGAGCCAGAUAAAAGGGCUCCGAUCAAAGCUCAGGCAAAUGGAGUCCAACCGGAGAGUGCUACUGACAAAAAACUUUCAGGAGCUGAAGGGGAAGAUCGAUGAGCUGCAGCCCCUCAUGCCUGUGCUGGAACAGUACAAGACAGACGCCAAACUCAUCUCCCAGUUCCAGGAGGAGAUCCGGCAGCUGUCCAUGGUGCUGAUGGGCAUCCAGGAGGAGAUGGGAGCGUAUGACUAUGAGGAGCUGCAGCAGAGGGUCAUUAGUCUGGAGGGAAGACUGAGAAACUGCAUGAGCAGGCUCACCUGUGGCAAGUUAAUGAAAAUCACAGGGCCCAACACCAUAAAGACCUCAGGCACCAGGUUUGGAGCAUGGAUGACUGAUCCCCAGGCUUCAACCAAAAAUAAUAAGGUGUGGUACAUGGACAGCUACACCAACAACAAGAUAGUCCGUGAGUACAAAUCAAUGAGCGACUUCAUAGCUGGUGUGGAGUCACGCACGUACAGCUUACCCUUCCACUGGGCAGGCACAAACCACGUGGUCUACAAUGGCUCGCUGUACUACAACAAGUACCAGAGCAACAUUGUUGUGAGGUACAGCUUCGAGAGUGGGCGUGUGGUGACCCAACGUGCUUUGGAGUCCGCCGGCUUCCACAAUGUCUACCCAUACACGUGGGGUGGUUUCUCCGACAUCGACCUGAUGGCUGAUGAGCUGGGCCUCUGGGCAGUCUACGCCACCAAUCAGAACGCGGGGAACAUCGUGAUCAGCCAGCUGGAGCCACACACCUUGCAGGUGCUUGCCUCGUGGAACACGGAAUACUCCAAGCGCAAUGCCGGCGAGUCAUUCAUGAUCUGUGGUACGCUCUACAUCACCAACUCCCACCUGACGGGUGCCAAGGUCUACUACUCUUACUCCACCAAGACCUCCACCUAUGAGUAUACAGACAUCCCCAUCCACAACCAGUACUUUCACAUGUCGAUGCUGGACUACAAUGCUAGGGACCGUGCACUGUAUGGAUGGAACAAUGGCCAUCAGGUGCUGUUCAAUGUCACACUGUUCCACGUUAUUAAAUCAAAUGAUGAUUCUUGAGAAACAUACCUGAAAAUGGUGUUAGUGCUUGAAUGGCAUUUUCUGGGAGGUUUGGCCAGUGUCAUGUCCUCUGAUAAUACUGCUGUCUCAUCUGUUGCUGGCUCAUCUGCUGCUGUUCAAAAAUGGAUUUUAUAUUGUAAAUUUUCAUCCAAACAUUUAAUUAACUGUGAUUGAACAAUUCAGUUUGAUAGUACUGUUUACAGAGUUAACAACAGUGCCCCUGGAAAUGCAAAUGCUUAUAUUUGAGCCUUAUUUGAGGAUAGUUAUUAAUAAUUUGGGAGCAAACUCAUAUUUAAAAUGACAUCCUUACAAGGCCAGUAGGGACUCUUAUGGCCCAAAGUGUAUGUUUAUGAAGGGAAGGUGCAGUGUAAAUAACAAAUAUGUGCCAGAUAAUACUUGAUCAACUGAGGAAAGUAACAAGCAACUCCUGGAGCAACAUUAUGUAAAUAGUGAGAUUAUCCAUGCAAAUGAACCAUCAGUCUGCAUUUGUUGGCCUGCAGAAUGUGCUUUGGUGAGUAUUGCUAAAAAUAAUUUGAAUAUAGUAAUAUAUCUAGUUACAAUUCAGCAUUGUGACAGCACUGGCUUGUCCAACAAAGAAAUAAUGUAUUGCUUAUUGUCAUUUAAGAUUUAUAAUGUAUAUAUCUAUCUUAAAAGUGUCAGAGUAUUCUAGAGUUUUGACUUGCUAAGGGUUUGUUUUCUUUGGUGUGCUGUACACUGGGAGAUGUUGUACCAAGUUGUUAUGUUACUUAUGAGAUGUCCCUCUUUUCAUUUUCAACAAUAAUAGUGCAAAUGUUCAUUCUU